CCACUUGUUAAUGCAGAGUAGUAGGGUUUUAAAGCUAACCUCCUCCAAAUUUCUCCCUAAAACAGCAGAGUAUAGAAGGGGAUAACUUGAAGAGUCUCCUGUUGAUAAUAAGAGAGAGAGCAAUGGAAUCGGAUCUGAAUGACUACACCGUUAUCAAGGAAGGAGAAGCUGAGAUCCUCCUUCACAAGAAGAACCAAGUCUUCUUCAAUAAAGCUCAGGUGAACAACAGAGACAUGUCUAUAGCUGUCCUAAGAGAAUUUAUAUCCAAACGCAAGCAAGAGCAUGAAGCUAAGCUAUCUAAAAGAAACAGACCAGCUUCCAAUGUGGUCGACAAGGACUCUUCUCAAGCUUCCAAGGAAGGAACUCCUAGUGAGAACGGUGAGCACCAAGUAGCAUCUGAAGACCCACCAAGUAGCUCUGCUUCUAAAAAACCAGCAGGAGUUUCACUUAGAGAACUCAAGCCUCCGAAAGUGCUCGAGGCUUUGUCUGCCUCUGGUUUGCGGGCUUUAAGAUAUGCGCGUGAAAUAGAAGGGAUUGGUCAGGUUGUAGCGUUGGACAAUGACAUUGCAUCGGUGGAAGCUUGCCAGAGAAACAUAAAGUUCAAUGGCUCGCUUGCUAUUUCAAAGGUGGAGUCACAUCACACCGAUGCUCGUGUCCAUAUGCUUACCCACCCUAACGAAUUUGAUGUGGUUGAUCUUGAUCCAUAUGGAUCACCUUCUAUCUUCCUUGACUCGGCUAUUCAAUCAGUAGCGGAUGGUGGAUUGCUGAUGUGCACAGCAACUGAUAUGGCAGUGUUGUGUGGCGGUAACGGCGAAGUUUGUUAUUCCAAAUAUGGUUCUUACCCAUUGAGAGGGAAGUAUUGUCAUGAGAUGGCUUUGAGGAUCCUCCUUGCCAGCAUCGAGAGCCAUGCCAACCGCUACAAGCGGUAUAUUGUUCCGGUGCUAUCUGUGCAAAUGGAUUUCUAUGUUCGUGUCUUUGUACGCGUUUACACCUCGGCGAGUGCAAUGAAGAACACUCCAUUGAAGCUUUCUUACGUCUAUCAAUGCAUUGGUUGUGAUUCUUUCCAUCUUCAACCUGUAGGAAGGUCUCUUCCAAAGAACAACAAUGUGAGGUAUCUUCCAGCAAUUGGUCCAGUUGUGGCACAAGAAUGCAACCACUGUGGGAAGAAAUAUAACAUGGGCGGACCGAUAUGGUCUGCUCCAAUCCAUGAUCAAGAAUGGGUGACUUCUAUUUUGAACAGCGUUAAAUCCAUGAAAGACAGAUAUCCUGCUUAUGAACGGAUCUACGCUGUACUUACCACAAUCUCUGAGGAGUUGGUAGAUGUUCCUCUGUUUUUGAGUCUGCAUAAUCUUUGUGCGACGCUAAAAUGCAUUUCACCAUCAGCUGCUAUGUUUCGAUCAGCUGUUAUCAAUGCUAAUUACCGUAUCUCCGGAACCCAUGUGAAUCCUCUCGGCAUGAAAACUGAUGCCCCUAUGGAGGUUAUCUGGGACAUCAUGCGUUGCUGGGUUAAGAAUCAUCCAAUAAAGGCGCAAGCCCCUGAACUCCCCGGAAGUGUGAUCUUGUCCAAAGAACCAUCACACCAGGUUGAUUUUUCGCGUCACGUUGGUUCGCUGAGCAAGGCGCAGGCGAAGAAAGUAGCUCGGUUUCUUCCAAAUCCAGAGAAACAUUGGGGUCCAAAGCUUAGGGCUGGUCGUCAGAUAACGAGCAAACAUGUCUCUCUUAUUGGUCAUGAAGCAGUCAAUGGCCAUCUUACUCAACACAAUGAAGAACUAAAAGAGGAAGAAGAAGCAGUGCAAGAAGAUAAUAUCCAAGAAGAGCUGGAUGCGAAGCGCCUGAAAACAACAGAGGAUAUUAUUACCUCCACAUCAUAAGAAUAAUCACAACAUGUUAACACACAAGAGAUCAGAUUUUUGGCUUCAGAAGAUUUGUGUUGUACUCUUAUGAAAACUCUGUUUUGUUCUUUUCUGUUUAUCAGUUUUGGUAUUACUCGGGAGUUUUGACCCACUGUUAUUGAUUAUCUCUGUUGUGAUUUUAUUAGUUUUCUCUCAUCUAUUAUUAUCCUUGUAGUGACAUUUUUGGAUUAAAAACAGAUAAGAGCAAAGUACUUUAUUAAA